AUGGGUCAUUCUAUGCUAAGCGGGGCCCGGCGUUUCUCUGGCUACUUUUUUUCUCGAUCGCCCCUCAUCACCGUCCGAUCGAACUCCUCCUCUCCAUUUCGCGCUGCUAUCGCUUUCCCGGCGCGUUCCCGAUCGUUAACCACAAUGGCGUCCGAAAGCUUGCCCGCCUCGGUCGAGGCCCUCUCCCUCCAAUCGACCACACAAAAGUCCGAGUACCCCGGCUGCUUCCCGUCGCUGAACCCAAUGGACAUUUACCGCGAGCACAUUGCAACGGAGCUGAGCAAGGCCACCGGCAUCGAUGCUCAAAAGAUCUAUUCCCGCCUCGCAUGGACAAAUACCCUGGACAAGGGCGACUUGACGCUGCCGGUCCCAGCGCUAGGCAUCAAGAAGAACCCUGCGGAGCUGUGCCAGGAACUGGCCUCCAAAUUCCCUGAAUCUGACCUCGUCAACCCUCCCACCGCCUUUGGUCCUCAUCUGCAGUUCUUCUGCAAGCCCAAGGCUCUCACCGAUACUGUCCUUGGUCGUAUCCUGAAGGAGAAGGCUGCCUUCGGUACCAAUGGCAACCAAGGUUUAAAGGACCCCUCAGACCCCUCCAAGGGCCAGAAGAAGAUCAUUAUUGAGUUCUCCAGCCCGAACAUCGCAAAGGCAUUCCACAUGGGCCACCUGCGGAGUACGAUUAUCGGCGGUUUCCUUGCCAACCUCUACACCGUCAUGGGAUGGGAUGUUAUCCGCAUGAACUACCUUGGUGACUGGGGCAAGCAGUACGGUCUUUUGGCCAAUGGCUACAAGGCUUUCGGUAACGAGGAAGCCCUCGCCAAGGACCCCAUUAACCAUCUGUUCGAUGUCUACGUCAAGGUUAACCACAUUGUGAGCGAGCAGGAGGCGCCGAUCAAGGAGCUGAAGGAGCAGAUCAAGCAGAAAAAGGAGAAGAACGAGGAUGUUGCUGCCCUUGAGGCCGAGCUUGCCAAGCUGGUCGAUGCCAGCGAGGAUGAGAAGGCUCGCCGCUACUUUAAGAGCAUGGAGGAUGGCGAUCCCGAGGCUCUCGACCUCUGGCGCCGAUUCCGUGACCUGAGUAUCCUCAAGUACAAGCAGGCUUAUGCUCGUCUCAACAUUGACUUCGAUGUCUACUCCGGUGAAUCGCAGGUCAAGAAAGAGAGCAUGGCCAAUGCCUUCAAGGCCAUGCAAGAUGCUGGGGUUGCCGAAGAGUCCGAAGGUGCCGUGAUUGCUGACUUCACCAAGCACGGUGCUAAGAAGCUCGGCAAGGCUAUCAUUGUCCGCAAGGACGGCACUCCCCUCUACUUGACCCGUGAUAUCGGUGCCAUUUUGGAGCGUGACGAGGAGUACAAGUUCGACAAGAUGAUCUACGUCGUGGCCUCGCAGCAGGAUCUUCACCUGGCACAGCUCUUCAAGGUCACUGAACUGUCAGGCCGUAAGGACCUGUCUGACCGUUGUCAGCACAUUAACUUCGGCAUGGUUAAGGGCAUGAGUACUCGUAAGGGUACCGUUAAGUUUUUGGACGACAUCCUGAACGAUGUCGGUGACAAGAUGCACGAGGUGAUGAAGAAGAACCAGACCAAGUACGAGCAGGUGGAGAACCCCGUCGCCACUGCCGAUACGCUGGGUAUCACCGCCGUUAUGGUUCAGGAUUACACUGGCAAGCGUAUCAACGGCUACGACUUCAACCUGGAGGCCAUGACCUCCUUCGAGGGUGACACUGGCCCGUACCUGCAGUACGCCCACGCCCGUCUCUGCUCUAUGAUGCGCAAGUCGGGCUUGACCGAGGAGGAGUUGAGCUCCGCCAACUUCGACCUUUUGACCGAGAAGCACGCCACCGACCUGAUCCGCCUUUUGGCUACCUACCCCGACACUAUCAUCAACGCUUCGAAGACUCUAGAACCCGUUACCAUCCUUGCCUACCUGUUCAAGAUGACCCACGCCCUGUCCUCGAGUUACGACGUGCUCAAGGUUGUUGGUAGCGAGCCCGACAUUAAGAAGGCCCGCAUGGCCCUCUACUUCUCCGCCCGUCAGGUCCUCCACAACGGCAUGCGCAUCCUUGGCCUGAACCCCGUUGAGCGGAUGUAA